UAUAUCUGACAUUCUUUCUGCUUGAUUACGAGCAGCUGGAAUAGUUGUAGUCAGCUAUAUAAGCACUCCUCCCAUGUGGUUAUACUUCAGUCUUCAGGACAGACGCAGACACUGAGACAGUCGAGAUGAAGUUGCUGUUUGUUGUUGCUGCUGUUCUGGCUGUAUCCAGCUGUGCCAGCAUCUCUCUGGAAGACAUGGAGUUUCACGCCUGGAAACUCAAAUUUGAAAAAUCCUACGAUUCUCCAUCAGAGGAGACUCAAAGGAAGCAGAUCUGGCUCAGCAACCGUAAACUUGUGCUAAAGCACAAUGCUUUGGCUGACCUGGGUUUGAAGUCCUAUCACCUUGGAAUGACCUACUUUGCUGAUAUGGAAAAUGAAGAGUACAAAAAGCUGAUUUCCCAGGGCUGCCUUGGCUCCUUCAAUGCUUCUCUGCCUCGCCGUGGCUCUACCUUCAAUCGGCUGCCUAAAGGUACAGUGCUGCCCGACACUGUUGACUGGAGGAAAAAGGGAUACGUCACUAAAGUCAAGAAUCAGCAGCAGUGUGGCUCCUGCUGGGCUUUCAGUGCAACUGGUGCACUGGAGGGUCAGCACUUCAAGAAGACAGGAAGGCUGGUGUAUCUGAGUGAGCAGCAGUUGGUUGAUUGCAGUCGCAACUUUGGCAACCGUGGCUGCGAUGGAGGCUGGAUGAACAAUGCCUUUAAGUACAUCAAAGACAAUGGAGGAAUUCAAACUGAGGCAUCAUACCCUUAUCAAGCUAUGGAUGGACUAUGCCAUUACAACCCCAAUUCUGUUGGUGCCAUAUGCAAUGGUUAUGUUGAUGUGAGUCCGGAUGAAGAAGCCUUGAAGGAGGCAGUGGCCACCAUCGGACCGAUAUCUAUAGCCAUGGAUGCUUCUCAUGAGUCCUUCCAACUCUACCAAUCAGGGGUGUAUGAUGAGCACAGGUGCAACGACUAUUACUUGAGCCAUGGUAUGCUGGUUGUGGGUUAUGGUACUGAAGGUGGACUUGACUACUGGCUGAUCAAGAACAGCUGGGGUCUUGGAUGGGGAAAGAUGGGCUACAUUAAGAUGGUCAGGAACAAACGCAACCAGUGUGGGAUUGCUACUGCAGCAAGCUACCCUCUGGUGUGAAGAGGUGGAAAGUCCAGUGUAGUUUUUUCCUUCUGCUUUCACCAAAAUGUUUUAAAGUCCCACUGAAACUUAAUAAACUUCUGAGCAUUUAGAAAUGUGUG